GUCACGGAAAUGAGCUUGACCAGGUCCAGAAGCUUCUGACCUCGACCUUAAAUACUAGUUGGUGAGUGGGGAAUUGCAUUUAUAACACACUGCAACUCCUUACCUUCAUCCAAGAAACAGGGAAUUCAAGCCAUAUGUCCAUGGAGUCUUCUUCUCCAGCUAACAUUCCCAGAUGGGCACCAAGUCCAAGCCCUUCGAGAUCUCUAUUAUCACCUGUGGAAGACCCCAGGAUCGAGGCAAGUCCAGAUCAUAAUGAUUAUGAUUCUGCAAAAAAUGGCAUAUCCUCAUCAUGUACUAGCAUGGAUAAGAUUUUCCCAUUCAGCAUUGGAUUCAAUGGCACUACUACUUCUACUGUUUCUGUGGUUGAAAAAUCACUAGAAGCUAAAGGUGCUUAUGUUAGAAGCAGAAGUGGUACUAUGCGAGUUUCUUUGACAUGGGAGGACUUGUGGAUUGGAGUAAGUGAUAAGAAAGGUGGGCAGAAGAUGAUUUUGCAGGGGCUUACUGGUUUUGCUCAACCUGGUGAGGUUUUGGCUAUUAUGGGUCCUUCUGGCUGUGGCAAAACUACCCUUUUGGAUGCUUUAGCAGGAAGGCUAAGUUCAAGCACACAGCAAAGGGGCAAGAUCCUGAUAAAUGGCCGCAAAGUAAAACUUGCUUUCGGAACCUCGGCAUAUGUGACACAAGAUGACACGCUAAUGACAACCUUAACAGUAAGGGAAGUUGUGUACUACUCGGCACAACUCCAACUGCCGAACUCCAUGUCGAAAGCAGAAAAGAAAGAAAGAGCAGAGACCACAAUAAGGGAGAUGGGUUUGCAAGCUUGCAUGGACACAAGAAUUGGAGGUUGGAGCAGGAAAGGUCUCAGUGGUGGACAAAAAAGAAGAGUUAGCAUAUGCAUUGAAAUCUUGACUCGUCCGAGGCUUCUCUUCCUUGAUGAGCCUACUAGUGGGCUAGACAGUGCAGCAUCCUACCACGUGAUGAACCGCAUUGUUAAGCUGGCUCACCGUGAUGGAAGGACAAUUAUUGCAUCAAUUCAUCAACCUAGCAGUGAAGUUUAUGAGCUUUUCCAAAACCUCUGCCUUCUCUCAUCUGGUAGAACAGUCUAUUUUGGCCCUGCUUCACAGGCAGAACAGUUCUUUGCUUCAAAUGGCUUCCCUUGUCCAACUCUGAGAAACCCAUCGGAUCAUUGUCUUAGAACAAUCAACAAGGACUUUGAUAUUGACAUUGAACAAGGACAUGAUGGUAUACCAAGCACGGAGGAAGUAAUCAAUACUCUCAUAAGAUCAUACGAGUCUUCAAAUACUUCCAAGCAAGUUCACCACAGUGUAGCUGAGAUUUUCCAACAGAAAGGUGGAGCUCUAGAGAAGGGAAGCCAUGCCAACUUCAUAACUCAAUGCUUAGUUUUGACAAGGAGAUCAUUUGUUAACAUGUAUCGUGAUCUAGGCUACUACUGGCUUCGACUUGCAAUUUACAUCGCCUUGUGCUUAUGCGUAGGAACUAUUUUUCAUGAUAUCGGCUCCACUUUUGGGUCAAUACAGGCUAGAGGAUCAAUGCUCAUGUUUGUAGCAUCAUUCUUGACAUUCAUGGCAAUAGGUGGAUUCCCUUCUUUUGUUGAGGACAUGAAGAUCUUCGGGCGAGAAAGACUAAACGGGCACUACGGCGUUGCUGCAUAUGUGAUGGGAAACACAUUUUCCUCCAUUCCAUACUUGCUAAUCAUAUCUUUAAUUCCUGGAGCUUUAGCCUAUUACCUUGUUGGUCUUCAGAAGAGCUUAGAGCACUUUAUCUAUUUUGCGUUGGUGCUUUUUGUGUGCAUGAUGUUGGUUGAGAGCCUAAUGAUGAUUGUAGCGAGCAUUGUGCCCGAUUUCCUCAUGGGGAUCAUCACUGGUGCUGGGAUUCAAGGAGUAAUGAUGUUGACUGGAGGUUUCUUCCGAUUACCGGACGAUCUUCCAAAACCCUUCUGGAGAUACCCAAUGUACUACAUUGCAUUCCACAAGUAUGCAUUUCAAGGAUUCUACAAGAAUGAGUUUGAAGAACUAACAUUCCCCAAUGACCAAGGAGGGGCACCCACGAUUACUGGUGAAGAUAUAUUGAAGAGCAUUUGGCAAGUUGAGAUGGGCUACUCUAAGUGGAUUGAUCUUGCUAUUUUGUUUGGAAUGGUAAUUGUUUACAGGUUCAUGUUUUUGGGAAUCAUAAAAUUUAGUGAAAAGGUUGUGCCAAUGAUCAAAGCUGUUCUUGUUGGUGUUCCCAAACGCUCCCCAACAGUUCAUGGAUAACCAUCUCUCCUAGUCCCAUAUAUGUAGUGAAAACUCUAGUUAAAUAAAUGAUUUGGGCUCUUAUAUGAGUUUUAAACUUUUUUACUUCCGAUUC